UCACCAGAAUAUUUGAAAGAGCAAUUUAAUAUUUUUUUUUACAGACAAAAAGAAGUCUACGACACAACACGUGGUUGCCUCCAUUCCCUCAUGACACCCGUCGUCCUAUCGUUUCCUUUCCUUCUUCGCGUUAUCCAAUGCGGUUGGCUCUACAAGCUAACCGGUCAGAAGUUUCCUUAUUUGGUCAAUCUUCUCAAGUACGCCACUGCGUUUCCGGCGAUUUGGAUUGGAUACCUGAUGCAUUCUACUAAUUCCCAGAAGAAACAAUCACUAUUGGUUGUUUGGUGGCUCUCGAGCAUCGUCAACUCGGCUUGCACGUUUUUUUGGGACGUAUUGAUGGACUGGGGACUGGGCCAGGUCCGCUCGGGCAGGCACCUUUUCCUGCGGGGGCAUCUCGUCUAUCCAGUCAUAUGGUACUACGUAGCCAUCGGGGCGGAUUUUGUCCUGCGGUGCACAUGGAGCCUGCAGCUGGCGUCUGCUGUUCACCUGAAAGGACAGGAGCUCACGCUGGUGCUGGAGGUCGCCGAGGUGUUCCGGAGGGCUAUGUGGAACCUCUUCCGCGUGGAAUGGUACCACGUGGAGAACAAACUUUAUAGUUUACCAGAAAGAAGUGUUUGAUAAAAAAAUAA